GCAACAAAUAAUCGCGUUUAAUUGUCAUCCAAGCCCAUAGAAAGCAACAAAAAUGAGCGCGGAUUAUAGCACGUUCAUGCCCAACCCGGAAUUGCUGGAUUCCAUGAUGCAAAUGGGCAUUGACACAGAAACAGCAAAGAUUGCGCUGUAUAAAACUGGCAAUCAAUCCUGUGAUGCAGCAAUUGCUUAUGUAUUUGAUAAUCCAUUAUCCGAGCAAGAACAACAGCAUGAAGCUCCAGAGUCAGAGGCACCUGCACAGGUAGGCUCGAAAUCAUCAUCAUCAUUGGAAAGUAAGAAGAAACAAGCUCGGCAGGCGUUAAGAGAGCGUGAAAACGAUGUGGAAUCUGCUGGUGGGCCUCAUUACAAAAUGGUGUUCGUUGUCAACUCACAACUUGAGAUGGGCACAGGAAAAAUAGCUGCACAAGUGGCACAUGGUGCUCUAGCCCUAUACAGAGCUUUGAACGAAGAUGAAACAGCGAAUUGUGAAGCUCUAGAGGAUUGGGAGCAUGAAGGUGAAAGAUGCAUUGUUUUGCGAGGUUUACACGAGCGUCAUUUACAAGAUCUACGCUCGACAGCAUCAUCUGCUGGUUUACUUGCACAUUUAGUGCAAGAUGCCGGUCUCACAGAGGUCGUCUCGGGCGCAAUCACAAUUCUCGCCAUCUUCGGCGCUGAAGGGCAAGUGAACGCCAUCACCGGCGACCUCGGCUUGCUCUAGACCCGCCGAUCGCCCACACACACAAAACACACUCCUCCCCUUGCACUGACUCACUCACGCGAGUUUCGCUUAGCCAUCUUACAUUUUAACAUUUCUUAGUCGACACGAUCUAGAAACAAUGAAGAGAAACACAGAAAACGAAAAGCAAAUCAACGCCUAAUUUACGCAGGGUGUGAUCAUGCGAAUGAAAUGCGGCGACAUUUUAACGAUAAUAACUAUUAAUUAAUAUUACACAACAAUUUCAAAGUGAAGAAAGGAAGAGAAAUGAAUGAUUAGUCAUCAGCUAAACAAUUUUCAAAGAAUAUAGUCCGGUUAAAAUAAUCUAGAUCCUAUGUGUGGAGGAAUUCUUAGAAGAGCUGCAGGAAGAAGGUGGUGGAGCCGUCGCGCCAUGAUGGAUCGUCGACGAUCUUCGACCGGCAGAGUGGACAUGUCUGCUCGCGGUCGAACCACGUCGUCACGCAGUUCUCGCAGAAGAUGUGCCGACACUGCAGCAGCACCGGCUUCUCGUAGUCGUCGUGGCAGAUGGGGCAGUGCUCGCCCGCCGUCUGCACCUGCUCCUUGCUCGGCGACGAGCCGAUCGCCUGUGUGCACAGCGAUGAUACGAAUAUUAAUAAAAAUUGAUUAACACGUAA